ACUCCUUUCUUCUUUUGCACACAACCUGCAACACACGGCCUUUUCUUCUCUCUCACUCUUAACAAAACCAACUCGCAGCGCAUUCACUCUCUCUCUCUCUCUACAAUGGCUCUUCGCUCUCUCUUUGUUUUCAUGGUGGUGGCUGCGUUGUUGUUGAGCACCACAAUGGCUCAAACUCCGGCUACCUCGCCGGUGGCUACUCCUCACAAGAAAGCUAAGCAUCACUCAUCUCACGCUCUUUCUCCCUCUCCAGCCGUUUCACCCUCCGCCGGAGGUUCUCCACUCUCUUCCGAGGGUGCCGUCUCUCCCUCCUCCAUUUCUACUUCACCUUCCGGAGCACCAGGACCGGCUCAAAGCGCUGCCGUUUUGAACAGAUUCACCGUCGUUUCUUCUGCUGCCGUUGUUGUCUUCUCUGCUGCUCUACUAUUGUAGAUCUAGUUUCAUGGAUCUUGCUUUU